UUCAUGCAAAUACUGCAUAACUAAGAUGUCCUCGGCAAAAACGUCAAAAUUAAUGACAGUUUUCUUGAUUUACCUUAGAUUAAUAGAGGUUAUACUGAGGAAGGGUUUCUGGCAAUGUUACUACGGUGGCUCAAGUGGGACAAACAACAAUACGUUUUUAUUUUAUUUUUAAGCAGAGGUCUUUAGGGAGUAUGAGAAGACACUGUCGCUUCGCCUAACCAAGUUCUUCUUGGAGCAAACAGAACCUAUGUAGCUGUGCGGGCUCCUUUAGCCUCAUCAAAAUGAAGGGGGGCGCUAUUAGUGUCACCUUGUUGGUUGGUUGUGCUUUUCACACAUCACGUAUGCAUGCAUUUCAGCUGGGUUUCCUGACAUGGAGUGGCAGACGCCAGCUGUGUCUGGGAAGUUCCAGAGCCACCCCAUCUGACAGCACAGAAGAUUUCUGCAGUUCCAGCAACAGUCACUCGUUCCAGCCCAUCUACAGUCAGAUUCCCAUCCCCACUGCCCAUGUCAUGCCUUCCACGGCCGGACCACCGGCCUCCAAUCCCCAGCCCCGUUCCCAAGAAGAUUCCCAGGCUUCUGCCGAGGCACACCUGCCCUCCUCGGGCUCCCGAACCUCCGGUGGAACCUCCAACUCGAAGUCGUCCUCCCUCUCCAAAUCAGCCUCUCCGUCCAACCUGGACAUGGCACAAGGCGGCGCGGGGCGAGCCGACCCCACCGGGCCCAAGCCGGACUGCCUGAGCCCGCUGCCGCAGCCUGGUGAACGGACUAGACCACUCUCUGUUCCCCUCGGGGGACCACUCUUGCUUGGAUGAGGGCCAGAGGUUCAACAUGCCCGCCAUGGAGCCCACAAUGAACCAAUCUGCUCUGCUGGCGGGCUACUGCCCCGACGUCCGACUCAGGCUCCAGAUGACCAGCCUGGGGGAGACUCCCGAGGGAAGCAGGGAGGCCUACAGGGGUGCCAUGGAGCACUCUUACAAGGCUCUCCCCGAGACAUGGCCUGGGGUCCCCGGAGCUCCAGACCCUUACAGCCAGAGGAGCAGCCAGCCAGGUGGAACUGGGGCUGUGUCAGCAGGUGUGUACCCAAGCUCUCUGUAUCUGCAGACCCAGGCUCUGCUGAGGGAGGCGAAGGCCUAUGAACCCAUGCUGCAGGAGAGAUGCAGCAAGCUGCCCAGCUGGCAACAGCAGCACAAGCAGCAGCUGGAGAGUCUCCGCAUGCAAGUGGAGCAGAUGCAGCUGUCGGAGGUGGAGCAGCGGGCGUUCCAGCUGCAGGGCCGGGUCAGAGAGCUGGAGGUGUGUCUGGAGGAGGCUCGCUCACACACCCGGGAGAAGGACAUCCAGCUGGAGGAGAAGAGACGCAGGGAGAGGGAGCUGCUCACCACUGUCACCAGUUUUGUGUGUGUCAGUUUACAAGAGCGGGUGCAGGAGGGCCUGGAGGACGGGGCAAGGUUACCCUCCCUGGAUGUGGAGAUAUACCGAGGGGAGAACAGCAGCCUGAGAGAGGAACAGCAGAGACUUAAAAAGGUCACAGAGAAGCAGCUGAGGAUGACGACGAAACGGGGCACCCAGAUCGUAACCCUGGAGGAGCAGGUGUCUCAGGAGGAGAGCAGCUCCCAUGCUCUGAGAGAGGAGGUUUGUUCUAAAGAGCAGGGUUUGCUCCAGCUCCGCACAGCCAUGGAGGAGCUGUCGGCCCAGAACCAGGAACUAACGGAGCAGAACCUGACCCUCGGUGAGCGUCUGGAGGACUCGGAGAAGGUGAACCUGGACCGGACGUCGUCCUCGCUGCGGCCGGCCGGGGCCCGCCUCACCCAGCGUCUCCACGUUGAGAUAGCCUCAUGCCUCUGCGACCUCUGCAACGUCCUGACCCAGCAGUCACAGGGCCGAGACCCCAACCUCUCGCUGCUGCUUGGCGUUUCCUGAAGAGGACUGGCUGAGUCCUGAGGUCCUCCAGAGGAUGUUGACUGAAGCCCAGCGGCUGCGUCGUGAUGUGGAGGAGCUCCGCACCACCUUCUCAGACCGCUACGCCCAGGACAUGGGAGAGAACUGCAUUACCCAGUAGCCCCAGCUGCUAGCUUCUCUAAAAAAGACUGAACCAUCAGCCUAAUGGGGUAAGGCUUCCAUAUUGGCCUUGCUUCUUCUACUCUCUUCAUUGUGUAUGAACUGGAAUCUCAUGUUGGCCCUUUGGGGAAGGAAUCCUUGAUCGGGAUCAUGCAUUUCAGUCAAAGGGCUUACGGUGGAAGAACUGUUCUCAAACCAGUGUGUUUUUUUGUUUUUAUAAAUGUUUUACUGAUACGUUUGUCUUUAUUGUCAAAGAUGCCCUCUGCACUUUUUAUGACACACAUAGAUGGGGUUGUGUUAUUUGUUUUUCAAUAAAUAACACUUAUUAUAUAAAUCUUCCCUCUGGGGAAAUAAUGUUGGAUGUGGUUGACAAUCAACUGAAAAUAUUUAAUUGUGUUUUUUGAGUGAUUCAACAGGGAAUGUUACUAACCCACCAUUAUUUAAAAUGGUACAUUUGUAGCAUUGAAGUCUGGCGUGUGGGUGGCUGUUAACAGUGGUAGGGCUAAUACUGAAAAGACAUUAUGUCAGCAGUAUAACUGAGCUAUUGUUCAGAGACAUCUGUCCCGUCUGUACAAUAGCACAGUUUUUUUUAAAUCAUGUUUGCAGAUAUCUCUCUCUGGUAGUGGGCUUGCUUUGAUGAUCGAUCUGUAGAUCAAAACUGUUAAGGUCCUGCACUUUUGCUGUCGUCACCAAUAAAAUUGGCUAGUGGC